AUGGGUAUCAGUACGCCUGAUGAAGAGGGCACUCCUGCAGAGCAAGUGAAAGGUGAAAGCAAGAUCUGUACUGUCGAUGAUUUGGUACUUGGUUGUAAAUGUUUUGUUGAGAAAGAUGGUGAACACAGAUUGGCUGAACUAUUAUCUAUCCAUGUUAAGAAGGGGAGAAAAGUAUUUUAUGUGCAUUAUGAUGAGUUCAAUAAGCGUCUAGAUGAAUGGAUUGAACUUGAUAGAAUAGAUUUUUCACGUCCAGUGACUUUCCCCAAACCAGAUACGCCUAAAAAAGAGAAACAACCAACAAAGAAACAAGCUACAAGUAAGAACAAGAAGAAAAAGAAAGAUAUCAAAGAACAAUCAGCUACACCUGCAACACCUUCAAGUGUUCCACCUCAAGGAGAUGAUGUUAUGGAUUUAGAUAAUUUGAAUGUUCAAGGUCUGAGGACUGAAGAAAUUUCAAGAGAGGAUGAAAUUGAAAAAUUAAGAACAGGUGGGUCAAUGACACAAAGCUCUGGUGAAGUGGCGAGAGUUCGUAACUUGAGUAAAGUGAUAAUGGGUAAUCAUGAAAUCGAACCUUGGUAUUUCUCUCCAUAUCCAGUUGAAUUAACAGAGGAAGAUGUGAUUUAUAUUGAUGACUUCACUUUACAAUUUUUCGGAUCAAAGAAACAAUUUGAAAGAUUUAGAUCAAAAUGUACACUAAGACACCCACCAGGCAAUGAAAUUUAUAGAGAUGAUUAUGUUUCAUUUUUUGAGAUUGAUGGUCGUAAACAAAGAACAUGGUGUCGUAAUGUUUGUUUGUUUUCAAAAUUAUUCUUGGAUCAUAAAACACUUUAUUAUGAUGUUGAUCCCUUUUUAUUUUAUUGUAUGACAAGAAGAGAUGAACAAGGGCAUCAUUUAGUUGGUUAUUUCUCAAAGGAAAAAGAAUCUGCUGAAGGUUAUAACCUUGCAUGUAUUUUAACAUUACCACAAUAUCAAAGAAUGGGGUAUGGUCGAUUAUUAAUUGAAUUUUCAUAUGAAUUAUCUAAAAAGGAAGGUAAAGUUGGUUCUCCUGAAAAACCAUUGUCAGAUUUAGGUUUGUUAUCUUAUAGAGCUUAUUGGGCUGAUACCAUUAUUAAAUUAUUAAUGGAGAAUGAUUCAGAUCAUAUUACAAUUGAUGAAAUAAGUUCAAGAACAUCAAUGACAACAACUGAUAUCUUACAUACUGCCCAAACAUUAUCAAUGUUAAAAUAUUUCAAAGGUCAACAUGUUAUAUAUCUGAGUCAAGAAGUUGAAGCUCAAUAUUUGAAGACUGAGAAGAAAAAGAGACGUUCUAUUAACCCAGAACUACUAAUAUGGAAACCACCUGUAUUUACAGCUGCUCAAUUGAGAUUUGGUUGGUAG